GAACAUUUUGUGAGCGCAUUGUAAAUUUCUGAUCAGGUGAUUUUCGGAGGAAUUUUCAAAAAAUUUUCUGUAAUGUAAUGCCACCUUGGGGACUGGCGAAAAAGCCUGUCAAGUUGUUCCUUAAUUUCUCAUUUGGACAGUUUCUUUCUCAGCCUUUGGAAGAUGAUCAAAUUAUAAUAACUUCCAAUGGCAUUGGAUGUAAAGAUAUAUAUUUUAACAUUGAUAAACUAAAUGCAUUGUUAUCUGAAAGUGGAAUACCUGUAGUAUUCUGUGUGGCCUAUAUUGCUGAAGUUGUCAUUUCCCUCCCAUGGAGUGUCGAAAUCAAGGGGAUCGAUUUCGUUAUUCAAGCAUUAUCAGAAGUUUCCUCCCCAUCUGGAACAGAUGAACUAUUCAAUUCAAUGAUAUCUAGUGUAUCAACCGCAGCUUUUGCUGUAGCCAAAGCUGCAAAGGAUUCUACAAUCCCUGACAAUUUUUUCGAGGAAACAUUUACUCGUACAUCAGACGAUGUUGAUCUUAAUGAUAAAGAAAAAAUUCCAAAAAGUUUACAAGAGCAAGCUUAUCAAUUUUUCGAAAAUCUUACAGCUGCUGCCGAAACUAUAAAUGUUGGUACAAAAGGUGCAAGCUCUUACGUUGAUCAGGACAGUAAACAAAGAAUUGCUCAUAUGAUCGAUUCAUUGAUUGCACAAACCACUAUAAUUCUACGCGAUGUUAGUAUUCGUAUUGAAUGUGAAUUAAGACUUCCUGGAAUAGAUCGUGCCUCAGGAUUAACCCUAACCAUUAAACAUUUGUCUAUUUCAAAUCAAUAUAAGACUGAAGAAAAACAACAAUCAACUCCAUCGAAUACAUCCAGCAGUGGUCGUUGGUCAUGGUUAUGGUGGUGGCAAAGUUCAAACAACAAUAACGUCCCUACCGGAAAUAGCUCAGUAUCAUCAUCGUCAUCUAAUUCUACCUCUACACCAGCCGGAAGUUUAUCAACCAUGUUGCAUAAAAUUAUCCACUUGGAAGAGGCUGAUUUAUUCUGGGAUUUAUGGAGUACUUCUGGUCAUGUGCAAGGUUGUUCAAGCUUGUGUAGUUCUCUAGAUCCAAGCCAACCUCCAUGCUCUCCACUUCCUAACAAGACAUGUGGUCCAACAGCUGAUACACUUGUCUCAUCAGCUAAACUUCUAACAUUAUCUGGUUCAGAGCAUACAGCGCGAUUGAGUUUACGUGUUGGUUCCGCAUUGAAUGUGUCACCCAGCCUUACACCUUCAAAUAUACAAUCAGAUGAUCUACCACGAACGAUUAAUACUAAUACUAACAACUCUAACACCAACUUGGUUAAUAUGUCAGACUUUCAGUUACGUUUACAUGUGGACUUGGGACCUAUUGUUGCUUGUGCUUAUCCUAGUCAAUUUUACUGGUUACACAUGAUGAUUGGUCAACUUGUACAUAUUUAUGACGACUAUGUAGAACAUAGUAAAAAGAUAUCAGAACAAACUAAACUAGAAAAUGAUAUGACAUAUUACUAUUCUGAUUUAUUAACAAAUAAAGAUUUAUCAAAUAUAAUGGAUGAGAAUGGUUGUAUCAGUGUGGCUACAUCAAAUUUGAAUAAACAUAUUGGUGAUUAUUCAGACCAUAGAAAUUAUCAAAAACCCCAUUCGACUUUGCGUAAUAAACCUAGAGAAGCUCAUCUAAUUGAUUUAGAUUUAACACCGAGCCCAAUCAACCAUCAAAAUCUAACCUCUACAAUGUUAAAUAGUGAAUUAUUUCGCUCCUGUUUGAGUGAUGUGUCAACUACCACGAUGUAUGGAGAUAAUGCCAUUCCAAACCAACAUUAUGAUCAUCUCUACUUACCAAAACCUGAUAGUAAUCGUGAUUCAGCUCAAGUGGCUACAAAAUGUAGUAUGUCAGUAAAUAUACUAUGUAUAGCUUUUGUGGCCUUUUAUGAAGAUGAAUCUGUAUUGACACGUGAACAGAUAGCUGAAGGAACUUCAUUUUCAGCAUCAUCAUCUAAUAUGAACUCCUCUGUACAUAAUUGGCGAUCAGAUGAAGAGAAGUUAUUAAAAAAAGAUGAUUCACUAGGAUUGAAUGAACAAGAUUCACUAAAUGCUGAUGAGAUGAAUGAUACAAGUACAUUACCAGAACAUCAAUCACGUAAUUGUGGUGAUAAUAAAUAUUAUGGUCAUAAUAAUAAUGAUAAUUCCGCUGGCUCUUAUUCUACAACAACUGGUUGUACAGCGAUAUUACCAGGGCCAUCAAUAUUUUUUGGACGAUUUCAUGGUCUCAUACCAACUCCAACUUGUCGGUUAAAAUCUGAUAGUGGUCGCAAUCAAUUGGAUGAUAACGAAGACGAGGUAGAUAUGCUACAUUCUAAGUGUCAACCGAUGAUUAUUAACCGUCAAGAUGUAGAUACAGGUCGUAUGUCUCCUUCGGAAUGGGUAUCACAUUUGAAAUAUCAAUUUUCCAAUAUGGCUUAUCCUCGUGAUCAUCUAUGUUUCGUCGGUGGUUUAUGGCAUAUGGAACUUUCUAAUAAUUUUUUGAUUAUACCACGUGGUCCAUCGAUAAAUCAAUACUACUCCUCCACUCAGUUAUGCUUUAAUAUCCAACUUUUUGGAGUUCACUUAUCAGAGUGUUUAUUUCCUAGUCAAACCAUCACGACGACAAAGAAAGCAAAUGAACUGAGGACACAAAAUAUAAAAUUGGAAUCAUUUGAACUAUUUCACUUUCCAUGCCCUUCUACAUCGUCACUCCCGGGAUCCGAUCGCACAACAAGAUCUCUUUCAAAUGAGCCCGCUAUAAAAUUACAUGGGAAUUUGUAUUUACCUCAUAUAGAUGUAGAUAAUUCUUCCAGGAUAACUUCAGGGUCACAGAUAUACCAAGACUUUGUCAACGAAAUUCACAUUGAUUUUACUCAUUUCUGUGUGGAUUUGGAUAUCAGUAUUAUGGAUCGUAUACAUCGUAUUACCGAUGCAUGGGCAGCUGCAUCGGAAGCUGUCAGUCGUUUAUCACCAUUAAGACCGUCUGAUUUCAACCAUCAUGCAGAAUGGUGUGAUACAGACAUAAAUAAUGAUAUUCCAGUUACGAUGAAGUCUGGUCAUCAUCAUCAUGUAGAGCUGAAUUCAGUUGAUAAAUCCAAAAAUUCAUUCACACACAACAUCCAUCCUUCAACUGAUUUUCAAUCAAAUCAAAUAGAUUCAUUGAGGCAUUUUCAGUCAUCAACGAAUAUGACAGUGAAAUGUCACAGUUUUGAGCUCAAUUUACGCUUUCCUAUUCCUAUAGAAGCAAUAAAAACGACCUCUGGUCAAAAAAUUGCAGAAAUCCGUUCAAAAUUAUGGGGUGCCGGGACAGUAUACAACUCGAAUCAAUCAAAUUCUGUACAAAGUAUAUCAUGGUGGGCUAGGACAGUUCGUAAAGAAUAUCUUUCUAUAUUUAUGAAAAAAAUUCGUCUAAAUUUUGAUAAUUCCAAAGAGUCAUCCCCGAAAUUACAACCAUUUGGUAGACCAAACGAUCAUUUACAAAAUGUUACAAAAUCUAAAAUUUCUUCUUUUAAAAAUGGAAAGCAUAACGGAAAUGAACAGGAACUAGAACUAAUUAUAGGAUCCAUAUCAGUACAUUUGGCUAAUGAUGAUCUAAACAUACAAUCAAUGCCUAUCGUAUAUUUCACAACAAAAAUGAAUCCUAUUCCUGAACCAAUCAAAGUGUAUAUACGCAUAUCUCCCAGUGGACAAACUGAUCUUGUCGAGUGUGUAAAUGAAAAUCCAAUGAAUAAAGAUUUUGAUGAACAGACAACAACUAGAGAACAACCUGCUCAAUUUGAAGUAGGCGUUGAUCUAACAACAUUUAAUGAGUAUAUUUCAUCAUCUGAUCAAUUUUAUGAUUCAAAUAGAUCUAAUCAUGAUCAUUCUGUUGAAUGGUCAUUAUGGAAUCAAGCUAAUCCUAAGCAAAAUUGUUUUAUUCCUUUAGUAGUCAGAAAGAACUUUGCUCAAGAUGCACCAAAACCUCAUUCUAAACAGAUAACUUAUUACCCUGGUAAUAAAGCUCAUAUGUUCGCCUAUCGCCAGUCUGCUAGUAUGCAUACCCACUUAUUUGUACACUUUAAAAUACCUUUGGCAGAAAUCACAAUUGAACAUAAACAAACAGUAGAACUACUUUGUUUACGAUUAAUGUAUGAUCUUUUAUUAUGGCAAUCAUUAUUACCUAAUGAUCGUCGCCUACGUGCAACAUUAAAACGUCCAAAUCAUACUUGUCCAACAGUAGAUAAUGUGACAAAUUUACAAUCGGAUCAUCGUUAUUGGUUUUUAAGUGAUCCUGCUCCUUUAGCCACUAUCUAUGCUCAUCCAGAUGCUGCACGAGCAGCCGCUGAACUUGAAGCAAUAUCACCAAUUGGUCAUUAUAAUGUAAAUCAUCAUCCAAGCGGUCUACAUUAUCAUUCAGUUAAAAGUGAUGAAGAAGAGGAUAGUGAUUAUGCUGAAAAUGAUUUAAACGAAUUAUAUAGUAAUACUUUUAAUAUCAAAGACAAUACUGUUAGCAGUCAUUACACAAAAUAUAACAAAGAGAAUGUAAACCGUUGUAAUAGUAAAAUCUCUUGGUCAAAUGAUUUACGGAAAAAUGUUAACAAUAGGAAUGAUAUAAAUUUAAAUCAACACUCCUUGUUGCAUAAAAACCGUCAACGUUGUACUGGUGAUCAUCGUACUAAUAAUAACACUACUUACAGUGCAGAUCAUAAAGUAGUAGGACCAUUAACGAAUACUUCUGUUCAAUUUCAAUCCUCUAUUUGUUUGCAAUUAGAUAUAAAUUCCUUACAAUUUACAACAUUCCUUCCUGAAUCAUCAUCAUCAUCUGUGGGAGGAAUUCGACUGACUGAAAAAGUGAUUAUAAAUGCCUCUAAUACUACAUUAUUUACUGAGCUUUCGCAUAAUUCUAAUCCGAAUUUAAAUUAUGUUGAAAUGGAAGUUGGUGAAUUCGAUAUAUCUUAUAGUUGUAGUCAAAAUCCGAAUUCUGAUAAUCAUAGUUCUGCUGAUAACGCUCACCCAUCAUCAUCAGAUUCGCCUGCUAGUUUAUGGCCAGUUUUAAUUCAUCUUUCAUGGGAUUCUAUUGGCUAUCCAUAUGGUUCAACACUUCAUCAAGUUGGUGUAUCUACCGCGAAUUCAUCGAACGAACCAACUUUUAGCAUGGCUUUAGAACAUAGACAAAUUCAUCGUUUAUCCGAUUCAGGUAAUUCAACGUACGAUGAUGAAUUCAUUUUGACUCUUCGAAUUCAAGAGGUUUGUUUUGUUUAUUGGCCACUAUUCAGUUUAAAUAAUCGUUGGGAUAUUUAUUCAAAUAUUGGCAAUCCCAAUUUAACAACUCCAGUCAAUUCUUCAAAUUCUACUACUACCACUACAAAUACUAACAAUAAUUUUAAUUAUUUAACAGGUUUACCGAAUUGGUUUAUUCGCUUUUGUAGUUUAUAUCAAACUCCUAAUUUAUCAUUCAUUACAGAAGAAUAUCCGAGUUAUUAUGCACCAGCUUGUCUAUUCUCUCAACAUUUACACUUUGAACAUUUAACGGCUACAUUUUCAAUGCCUUACCCAGAAUAUUUUAUCUUGUCAACAAAUAAACCGACUUCUGUAAAUUAUCAAAUGCCUAUUUUACAUUUUAUGAUUGGCUGUGAAUCAACUAGUAUUACUGUAAAUACAGCUAUGGAAAUGUUGACAAUCUGUUCAUCAAUAAAUAAUGAUAAUAAUAAUCAAGUCGAUAUGCAACCUGGAAUGUUAGUUAUGGCAUUUAUUAAUAAUCUGGCCAUAUUUAUAUUCCCUUUUAAAUUUAAUUCAAUCAAUCCAAAUUCAUUGAAUCCUCGGUUAUGUGAUAUCAAUUCUUCUCAUCCAUUAUUAAUUAAUUUUCGUCAUUGGCUUAGUACAUUCGAUUUGAAUAAAGCUGUUUGUAUAGCAAGCCUAGAUCAUUUGGAAUUAAAAUGUUUUUCUGAGCCAAUUAUUAUACCAAAUACAACUGAUAACAGUAAUAGUAGUAGUCAUAUUCACCGUAGUAAGCCUUCAUUUAUCUGUCAAAAUUCUUCAAUCCCUACUAUUACUAAUCGAUUCGAUAUGCGUAUUACAAAUAACCUGUUGAAAAUUAACACAUGUGCUGAUAUUUUGGUCAUUUUACAUAAAUUCGUUGAAUUACUAACAAUAUAUGAUAUGAAUAAUUGUAAUACAACUACUCCUUCACCAACAAUGCAUUCAUCACCAAUCCAUGUAAAGAAUACAUCAUCAUUAAAACUAGAUCCAACAUUAUGUCCACAAUUUCAUGCAUCAAGUCCAAUUCCAUCUGGUUUAGUUUACUCGAAUCCUUUUCGAAAUAUACUCGAUGAUAAUCAAUGUAAGAGUGGUUCAGUUAGUAGCCUUGAUCUUAUACAAGAUGCAAUUUCUGAUAUAGAUUCUGUUCAUUCAUCACCAUUUAAAAUUGGUAAUGUAAAAAGAUCAUCUGCUGUGGAUAUUCCUUCAAAUAUCGUACAAACUUCCAGUAAAAACAAUGAAUCGUUAACAAGAAAAGUAGAGAAGAAAUUAGCUAUUAAUACUUGUCCAACUCCCCAACCAUGUCGUACUGUACAUAGUAGUAGUAAAAGGAAAUCGAAUACUUCAAUAAAUAAUGAUAUAAAAUCAUGUAGUUCUAGUCCUUGUCCCAUUAAUACUGCUAAUGAUACUACGUCUAUGAAUGAUAAAAGUAAAAAUCAACUAUACUUAGAUCUAUCUGAUCAAUUGAAAUCUAUGUCAAAUCGCUCACACAAUUCUGGACCAUCAAGUCUUUCUGAUGAUUUCGUUUUUAUUGAUCCAUCCACUAUUCCAGCAUUGAAUUAUACAACACCAAAAGAAAAAAUUCGUUACUUACUUCAACCAACUAAACAAUCGUCGAGCCCCUCUAUCACUACUAAUGAUCAAACUUCAUCACCAUUGAUAAGUUUUGAUAUUCAUGAAAAUUUCUACUCUCCACCUAGCUCCACUACAAAUUUUAAAAAUUAUCGUGCUAACCGAUGGAAUCGUUUAUUCAUUGAUCCUGUUAAAAUUUAUCCACGUCCUUUAUUAGCUAUAACAUUGUAUGAUUUUUCAUGUGAAUGGAAUAUAUAUGGUGGCAAUGAUUUGUUACCUACUUCGUCAGCAGCAACAACUCCAUUGUUAGGCAAUAUCCCAUCUAAUGAGAUAUCUAUCCCUGUUCCACCACAUAAUAAAUCCCCAGUGCUAUCUUCCUCAUCACCACUCAAAGAUCCUACUCAAAAAUUAAUAACAACUCCAUCUCGUUCAAAUGAAUCACUUCUAACUAAUAAAAAUGCUACAAAUAUACGAUCUGGUGGGAAUAUUUCACCUAAUCAAAUGUUAAAAUCCUGUCCUAAACCUGGCUAUCGUUUUCGUCAUGGUCAACCGCUUAUUAAUAAACCUAGUAGUAGUGGUAGUGUCGGUACCAGUGGUCCUGUUCGUAUGCAUUCGAAUGAUUCACGUUCGGAAAAUAUUUCGUUACAAUCACCCAAGGAUUCAAAAGGUAUCCGUUCUCGUUUAACAUUGUAUUCACAAGGUGGCCCAGGACGUCAGCUUGAUAAUUGUAUUUCAUUCAAUAUCUCAAAAUUAUACUUUCGACAAGCGAAGUUCCCAGCUCGCAUGAAAAAAUCAAUUCAUCAGCAUCAAGGACAACAACUGAGUUCAUCACAUAAUUUAUUCAGUCUAACUGUAGAUCCAUUUCAACGUUUAAUUAUUCAUAUCCCAUCUGUUGUAAUAGUUGAUCAUGUUAGUAGUUCAAAUGUCAAUCAAUUACUUUACUCAUAUAAUCGAAACUAUUCACCAAGUAUCAAUUUACUACCGCAUAAUUUAGAUACACCAAUGUUACGUAUGGUUGUUGUCUGUUGGCCAGUUAUACCAAGUCAUUUAGAACAGGAUAAUAUUUCAUUAUUAUCUCAACAACAAAGAGUAGAAAAAAGCAAAGUUGACAAUGAAAAAUUUGUAAGAAAAGGAGAAAAUGUUAACAUUGAUGAUAAUAAUGAUACAGAAGAUGAAGACAAUGUAUCAAAUGAUUGUUCAAUGAAUAUAACACAAUUAAAAUCUAUGAAAAAUUUCGAUUAUAUUUAUUUACCACAACCUAACAAUCUUGAAGUGGAAAUUAAACUAUCUAUUCAACCAUUGAAAAUUAAUUUAGAUCAAUAUACACUGCUGUUUUUAUACGAAUAUCAAGAAAAUUUCAAAAGGUUGCUCACUGCUUCUUCGAGAGAAUCAGACAACUUUCAGAUGGGACAAUCUAUAUCAAGUUUGGAGUUUAGAUCUCCAACUCAAAUAUGUACUCAAUAUGGCUUAGCUUCAAGUCCUAAUGUCAAUCCAAAUAAUUCAGCCCAGUCUCAUUUAAAGCAAUACAAUGAUAAUGUUAAUACAGUUCCUUUACCACAGAGUAAUUUAGUUCGUCCAGUUUACUUUCCAAUGGACCCUAUCGAACAUAAUCAGCCUGUUUUAUUUAUAAGAAAAUUCACUUUCUACCCUGACUUAUCUAUUCACCUUGAUUAUCACGGAAGGCGUUUGGAUUUGAGUGGGGGUUCAUUUCAUGGUUUACUUGCAAUGCUUCUUCAAUUAACGAAUGCUGAAUUCACAAUCCCUCGACGUGUUUAUCAACGUGGUUAUCAAAGUUUCGAUAGAUUAAUUGAAGAAGUUGUAGAAGAUUUAAGUUCUAUUAUCUCAGCACAACUACCUCAUGCUAUUGUAACUAGUUUUGGUCCAAUGCAUGAAGUAACACAAUUUCGAAAUAUACUGUCCUCCUAUUACAUGAGUUUUCACAUCAUUACUCUCUAUUGCUUAAGAUAAGUUUCAAUCUGUCAGUCAAGAAAUUCGAUGUGACUAAGUUAACGAAGUGUGAUGUGAUCACAAUAGUGUUGUGGAUUAAGGUUAGUAACAAGUGUUUGAAAUCUGGACACGCGAAGUAGUCUGUUAUCUUUAUUAGUAACCAUCAUUAAUUAUAUAAUAGCUGUGAUACUGUCCGAUCGCCCGAAAUGAAGCACGUAGUUUCUUCAAAAGCCAUAUUCUCUAGGCGAUGUAGAAGCGUCAAGUAAUGCGAUCUCAUGUUAUUCAAUAACCGUAGUAGGUUCAAAUGCUAUCCAUCCCCUUAGGAUUCUAUAGCCCCUGUGUACAACUGGUUUAGAAUAAUGGCUCCCUAACUCUCCUACGUGUUCUUCCUCCAUUGGCCGGAUGUAAGCGCCAUAUGUCUGCUCUCACCCCUUUGCUCUUAUGAACUCUCAUAUUUUAAAGCUUCUUUGAAUGAGAUUAUAAAUGCGGUGCUGUAUGAAGACAUUUCAAGAGAGAUGACUCUCCUCACCUUUGAUGGGACUAGUUCGUCUGAAGCAUGUUCGAAAACACUUAUUGAGAAUUGUGAACCUUGGCUCCAUUUUUCCCAGCGUUAUAAAUAACCUAGAAACUCAUCCAAUUACAACUUGUAUUGUUCAUAUGUAUCCAAUAAGAGAUAUGUUCACAAAUAUCUUCAGGUGUUAAGUUACACCUUCACAUAAAUGAAACCGGCCGUCUCCUAACAAAUAUUAUUAAGUUCGCAAAUAUUGGUCCACGACCGUUUGUUCAUAACACAAGAUCUAGAUUUAUCUUACGGAUAAAUCUGACUUUUUCUUUAUCAUUCCAAUUAUCUAUUAAGUUUUUCAUUGUUUCUUAAACCUAAUAGGUUAUUCCAUUGAAAAGCACUCUAAUGUGAUUUUUACAUCGUUAUAUGAACUCUCAGCAGUGUAUCGAUUACGCUAGAUUUAGAUAACAAGGGUAUUAUUGCUGUUAGAUCGUGCACUAUUGGUUCUUCACGUGUACUGUCGUAAUACACACCUAAAUCUUAUUCUUAUAUUUCAGUUCUCGGUUUAUGGGAUCUGGUCUAUCAACCUGUUUGCAGCUUCUAUGGGACGGCUGAAUUACCUAAUACAUCAUUGGAUUCUGGUCAUGUUGGUACAGCUGUUUGUAAAUUGGGUCUGUUUAAAAAACCUCAUCAGCUUCGUAAUGAAAUUUGUCAUAGUAGAGAAUGUACGCUUACAGAUACAUCUUGUGGUACCAAUCGAAGCGGAAUUAUUCAUGGUCUUAGAAGAGGCACACGAUCAUUUUCAACAAGUACUCUAUGGGCUACCUUACAGUUGAGUAUUCAAGGUAUAAGAGCUCUCCAAUCUAUUGCAGAAACGGCUUACGAUUUAGUUACACCAGGACCAGCUUUACGUAGUCGACGAUUAUAUUUAAGACAACCAGCUGAUAUACGCGAAGGAUUUGGUAAUGCUGUAAAUGUAUUGACGCGAGGAUUUCAAAUGGUAGCAGAAGAUUUGUGUGGUGCUACUGCAUUACCAUCAGAAGUAGAAAUUGGAUAUAAAGGUCCAGUUGGAAUGGUUGGUGAUGUGUUACGUCAAAUACCACCAACUAUGGUCACGCCCAUAGUGGCCAGCUGUGAAGUAACAGCAAAUAUUCUCGGGGGUUUACGUAACCAACUUAGACCUGAAGCUAAAGUUGAGGAUGAACAAAAGUGGAAGAAUACUUACGGCUUAUAAUAAAAAAAAUGUAAUAAAUGAUAAAAGAUAGAUCUUUUUAUUCAGCUUGCACAUAAACACGUCAAAAAGUGUAUAAAUUAUGAAAGAUGAGAACUUUUUAAUUUUGAAACACUUAAUUAUUUGCCUUUCUCCUGUUACUGUUCACUUUUAAACCAUUUUUUUCGCACAUUAACUAACUUCAGAUAAAUAUUCAUUUAACUGAUAUGUCUUUCGUUAUAAUCUCAUUUAUCUUUAAUCCUCAGCCAAUUAUUUAUGAGAGUACAUUGGAUGUAAAUUUUGUGAUUUUUGCGAACUUGAAUAAAACCCUUUUUUUCUCUAUUUCCCGCUCUCCUUUAUUAUGUUCACUCUGCAAUGUUGUUGCUGCUGUUAUUAUUAUUAAUUCCAUUCAGUUUCACUCCUAUUUUCUAUUCUUCAGCUUAUUUUGCUUUUCCCUUAAAUUAUACUUUCAAUGAUGUGGCUUAUUUUUAUUUAUUCAUCAAAGAAUAAAAACAAAGGCCAGAUUGAGUUUCUAGUGGGUUGUGUACAAUUAUCAAGCUUGUUAAUAAUAAUGAACAACAGUUUUCUUACUGUGCAUAAAUUUUCUAGAUAUUUCAAA